ACACGUUGUACUAACAUUAGCACCACACAUACGACACACACAUGUCUUUGGACAAACUAAUAAGUUUCUAGACAUCGUCUCUUACUAGUUUUGCCCUUCAAAAAAUCUUUCUUGACGGUUGCCUUCGAUACAAUGUUGAUCGAACAUAUUCGAACGAAUGUAUUAAAUUUACGUCUAGAUACGAGUUUUUUACCUUCUUUUGAAUGAAUUCUUUUAAAAAAGUUAUUGUAUAGGAAACAUUUUAUAAGUAGCCAUUUAUCAGAUUACAAGCUACUUGGAAAUACUCAUUCUGCAAAACAGGAGAGGGGCAAACCCUUAAGACAUGACAUAGACACACGACAAAUAUCGACAAUAAGUUUCAGUUUUUUUUUAAUAUUGACUAAGGUUGUCUCCUCGGUCAUCUAAUAACAAGGAAUCAUUAUGGAAGCCUACAUUAUCACUGUAAGGAAGAAUAAGGAAAUCAUUCCAUUCCAAGACAAGUUAGUUUCUUGACGGUUGUCCUUCGAUACAACACUUACAAUAUUACAAUCUUGUAAGAAGUAGAAAGUAUUAGUAAGUAGCAGUCUAUGAGGUGACAAACUACAUACUUGGAAAUACUGAUUGAGUCAACCUCAUCGGGCACCAUAUGUGAUAUGGGCCUCGUUGAACAAAUUCAUUGGAGUUCCAACGUUUGGGGAAACAGUUGAAUGUUCACAAUAUAUUAAUAUUGGCAUUUAUUAAUUGAAUAUGAAUAUUAAUAAUAAUAAUAAUAAGCCCCCUAAAAUCCAACCUUACGUCCAAGCUGAACACCUAGCUUACGUGGGGGGCGGACACGCGUACUGUACAACUGUACAGGAGUAGAAACUUACGCGGCUAACAAGGCAGGGUAACCCAACAUGGAGAUGAGUAAUAGAGGAUACAAUUUGCGGUCGCUUCCCGGGGGUCGCCGGGGCGCAUCUGGAGCCGAUGCUGGAUGCCACAGUAUGCGAACCAUCGGUGGUGUGGAGUUGAGCAAGCGGGCUCCCACCAAAAAACAUGCUACAGCUGGUCGUAGUGAGUUGAACAGGCGGGCUCAAUACGAAGAUGCGACAGCCGAUUCCACGGGCGAUGAUACUAUUUCGUUAUUUUCAUCCAUCCCUUCAACUCGCCCCUCAUAUAUGACGAGAAGCAAAGCUACCUCGUCAACAACCAGCACGCUUGAUAGUGUUGCGCGAGAUGUCGAUCUCGACAGGGAACUAGCGCCCACUACAAGUGCCCAUAAUAAGCGCAAACGAUGGACACCUGAAAUGAACAUAUUCAUUUUGCGCACUUACUUUCAAUUAACCUUAUUAGAUACUGACAAAACCACCUACCUCGAACCACUUCACCUAAGAUUUUUAGAAAAAUUCCCAUACAUGCAAGUAAGCCGACAGAGAAUAGGAGACCAACGUAGGGCAAUCAUUAAUAAUAAACUUCUAUCACAAGAAACAAUAGACACUAUACGAAACGAAGUCGAAAAAGAAUUAAAUCAGUUACAAUUGAAUCGCACAAACCAACAGACAGGAAACACCAUAAACCAGUCACAACCAAUAUUCACACAUUCACAAAGUCACCCCACAGCCGUAGCCAUACAAAACAAAACACUAACUCGUAUGAGAUGGACAAAUGAACAGAAUGAAGGUAUAAUGCGAUCCUAUUACCGAGUUACAGAUUUAGGUAGAAAUGAAACGGUUUACAGAAAAAGAAUGUAUGACGAUUUUAUUAGUUAUUUUCCAUCACUUGCGCAUUUAAGUGAACAAAGAAUAGCCGAUCAGAGGAGGGCCAUAGUUAAUAAUAAAUAUAUUAGUGAUGACAAAUUAAAUUCUUUAAAAGCACAGGUAGCUCAAGAACUCUUACUAUCAAACCACAAUUCACACAAUAGUAGGGACACAUUCACAGAUAAUAGACGUAUUAAUAAUCCCAUUACCCAAUUAACAAACAACAUUGAAAUCCAUUGUACAGAAGACCCAACACCUGAUACACAAAUAGUAGACAACACUGAACUUAAUACUAUAUUAGAUAUAGAUAUCACACCUACCCCACAAACAAACCAGGAAAGAGAUACACUGAUAGAUGAAACAUUCCAACAAGCACUUGAGCACUUUAAAACUACCAGUCCUACUAACAGAAAUUAUAUUCCGAAACAGAAGCCAUCGAAAAAUCUUGCAAGAAUAGUUAGCUACUUAAAUCAAACCAUUCUUCCAGAAAAUGUCGAUAGGGAUACUAACUUCAACACCUUUCAAACUAUUAUUUAUUGUGCCGCGUGGACCGCUGCUAAAGUGAACGGGGCUAGGAUAUCACUUGAGCCGCGAGAAGGAGUUCGAACACAAAAAAAAGAAUACAGACCGAAAUGGCAACGACGGUUGGAAAAAAAACUUAAAGACUUACGUACAAAAAUAGGCAGAAUGACACAAUAUGUAAACGGCAAUCGUAGUAGAAAAUUGAGAAAAUAUGUUAACAAAAUCAUGAAAACUUACAGAACACACACCAUACACGAAGAGCCAAACACACAACCUCUACACACCCUUGACACAUUAAAACAAAAACUAUCCGUCGUCAAAGGCCGGCUAGAACGAUAUACAGCAUGUACUCUAAGAAAACGCCAGAAUUUUCAAUUUAAUCACAACGAAAAACUCUUCUAUCGCAAUAUGAAACAGGUAACCACUAAUAAUAAUCAACACAACACUCCACGGGACAAUGAAAACAACACACCUGAUCCAGAAACAUUACAGCACUUCUGGGCAAAUAUAUGGGAAAGGCCAGUUUGCCACAAUUCUCAAGCAGACUGGAUACAAUCAGAUUUAUCAAACAGUACACAACCUAUGACAUUCGAGCAAGUACCUAUAGCAAUAUUUCAUAAAGUUCUAUCUAAGUUACAUAAUUGGAAAGCCCCUGGAUCAGACCACAUCCAUAGUUAUUGGUACAAGAAAUUUACAGCAAUCCACAGUUAUUUAUAUAAUUUCAUAAACUUAUUUAUUCAGGAUCCGGAACUGUUACCCUCCUACUUAACGUCUGGUAUCACUUUUAUGAUACCCAAAGAUCCUAAUGACCUGUCAAACCCAGCAAAGUACAGACCCAUCACGUGCUUGCAGACCCUGUACAAGAUCAUUACAUCCUGCAUAUCUGAACUCAUGUAUGAGCAUAUUGACGCCAAUAACAUCUUGGCUGAGCAACAAAAAGGAUGUAGAAGAUUUAGUCAGGGCUGCAAAGAACAAUUAAUUAUAGACUCUAUUGUUUUAGGCAAAGUAAAUAAAUCCAAAUCUGAUUUAUAUUCCAUGUACAUAGAUUACAAGAAGGCUUAUGAUUCUGUUCCCCACUCAUGGUUAGUAAGGAAAUUUCUGCAGAUUGACGCGGAGACUAUAGUACAGUCCUCUCACAAUCACAACCCCACUGGUGAACACUUGGCUUAG